AUAAUUGACUGAUAAAUUCCGAAACCCUAAAACGAAAGCUAUCGAGAGCACCGUCGUCAGCCGAAGAAGUGAAGCUUGAAGAAUCUCUGUAAUCUGAAAAAUGGGUAAGGUUCACGGUUCAUUGGCUCGUGCCGGUAAGGUGAGAGGUCAGACCCCUAAAGUGGCUAAGCAGGACAAGAAGAAGAAGCCUCGUGGUCGUGCUCACAAAAGGUUGCAACACAACCGCCGUUUCGUCACCGCCGUUGUUGGUUUUGGCAAGAAGAGAGGACCUAACUCAUCAGAGAAGUAGAAGAAAAAAUGAAGGUUUUACUCUUUCAGAAUUUGUGGGAUGUUUUUGAUUAUGAAGUUCAUUAGUUAGUGCAAAACUUCCUGAUAUCAAAGUGGUUAAUACUUUGGUUAUCUACAAAUCAGUGUUGUGAUGUCAAUGUUUUUUGUCAAUUUGAUUUGUGUUUCUCGUCGGAUUAUAUGAUAAGCUUUUUGGAUUAUUUGCAGACAGAUACUGUUGAAUCUGAAGUAAUAUGCAUCUUUUUGUGCUAA